ACGUCGCCGCGGUGCGCUGAGGUGGACUUCCUUUCCUUUCAGUCAGUUCAGUCAGAGAGACAGAAACAGAACCGAUCCGCAGCUGCACCUCCAGAAAACAACACAAAAACAUCCCUCACCACCUCUCAGACAUCAUGAUGAUCCGGAUAGCCGCUUUCCUCGCUCUACUGGCGGUCUCCUGCUCCGGAGAGACCUGCACAGACCCAGUCAUCACCCCGUCGGCCUACACCACCUCCGACGCAGUCAUCUCCUCUGAGUCUGUCUUCAUCGUUGAGCUCAGCCUGGCCUGUGCCAACGGAGCACAGAGUGUGACUCUGUAUGCUGAUGUCAAUGGAAGACAGUUCCCUGUGACUAGAGGCCAGGAUGUUGGCAAGUACCAGGUGUCCUGGAGUCUUCCUCACAAACAGGCCAGCUCUGGAACAUAUCAGGUCAAAUUCUUCGAUGAGGAGUCCUACAGUGCUCUGCGCAAGGCCCAGAGAAACAAUGAAGAUGUAAAUGCCAUUCAGCCUCUCUUCUCUGUCAACAUCGACCACAGGGGUGCGUGGAACGGCCCAUGGGUGGCUACUGAGGUGAUGGCUGCCCUCAUGGGUAUCCUGGUCUACUACAUGGCCUUCAGUGCUAAGAGCACCAUCCAAGCAUAAACGAUUCACAAUCACUGGAUCGUUAAAGACUGAAUUCUGGUGGAUCUCGACCAACGAUCCAUCACCCAGUGUCGUGGCAAGCCAAGAGGAUUUUUUGCCACUUGAUCUGUUUUGGGACGAGGAGCAAGAGCAGCAGUCUUUGUAUUUUUAUUUUUAUUCAGACUGUGUCUGUACACCAUUAGUCUUCACGAGUUUGUCUUGUCAAUAUGGAUGAAAUUUUGUAAUUUUUUGAUAAAACCAAACAAUAAACCCAGACCACAUAAAUUAACAACACAAAUAUAGAUAAUGAAUUCAGUCCUGCUUAAAAGAUAUUUCUACAUCCAUCCUUUGUGUUUCUGGAUGCACUGGCAGGAGUGGGACUUGUAUAGAUGUGCUGAACACCAACAGAGCGCGGUCAAGACCUCAAUGCAUAUGAAACUUCAUCAAUGUGACUGCACUGACUGGCCUGAACAGGUCGAGUGUAAAUGUCUCUUCCAGUGAACUAAAUAAAUGGCUUGUUUGUCUUCCAGA